CAGCAUGUGUUUCGACAUGGUGUGGAUAUGGUUUUGGUUUUACAUGUUUUUAAACAAAAUAAAAACAUUUUAAAUAAUUCUGCCUAUAUUUUAACCAGUUUGGGCCUACGUAUUUAACCUGUACUUGUGUUUCAAUCAAAAUGCACUUUAUGUGUGUAUGAAUUAAAAUAAAAAAUUAAAAUGCAUACAAACGUGUGUAAAGUUUGUGGUGGUGCUGAUAUGAACCUUGUCGAUGGGUUUUAUUAUUGCGUUGAAUGCGGCACGCAGGACCAGAAUAUUCAAGAAAGAAUAGUCGAGAGUGCAGCUUUCAUUGGCUUAUACACGAAAAACGCUAAAUCCAAAAUUCAAAAUGUGGAAGAGAAACUGAAUUUGGGCCCAGAAUGGUGUAAAUGGCAUGCAUACAAUUUUAUAAUAGCCGGCUUAACAGAUGAGCUGAUUGCAGCAGGCGCCGCACCUAGUGUGAAACAAAAGAUACUAUGGAUUUGGACGAGAUAUAUGAAAUUCUUUAAAACUAAGGAUACUAGACCUAAAAGUCAGUUUUUCGUAAAUGAUGAUGAAAACAAUGAGGAAUGUAAUGAAGGAACAAAUCAUGAUGAUGAUAAUGACAAUAUUGGCAAUGUUCAUGAAACUAAUGAUAAAGGUGGUAAUGAAAAUACAGAGGAACUUGCCGAAAGUGAUGUAAAUGACCCUAAUUAUGAGGCUACUAGUAAUGUGGGUGGUGAAACAUGCAAAACUCAUGAUGAUGAUGAUGAUGAUUCAGAAUCAAACUAUAGUGAAGAUGAUAAAUAUGCAGAUAGGAGGGAAAGAAUGAAAUCUCGUAUCAAACAUGUCACUAAAGGUGUUAUCAUAGCCAUUUUUUAUAUUGCUUUGAACUUAGAUAGAAGUGAUAUUCAACUAUCAUGGUUAUUAAGGUAUGUGAGGUGGAGGGAUGUUGACUUUGUCACCUGUACCAAAUAUAUACCGAAAGAUCUAGAUGUUACUGGAAUUCCUCGCUUUUCGAAAUUUCGAAUAUCAAUCACGAGGUUGUACAAACAGCAUACAAUUCGCGGAAUUGGUUUGUCACUGAUGUAUUUUUUAAAUCUGGGUUUGCCUAUAGUACCGGAUUUUAGGAAAAUGAUAAAUAAUUAUUCAAAAGAGUUAUGCGUACCAGAGGAUUUUAAAGAUUUGGUUUUGACUCUCAUGAGUCAAUAUCCAAACCAACGUAUACAACUGAGUCGAUACAUGCAUUAUGCAGUGAAAUUACCAGAUUAUGAAGCGAUAUGCUUAUCGUAUUUUGUAGUAGCGUUUAAAUUAUGUUUCGGUUUGGAUGAUGAGUAUGAAAGACAAGUCACCAAUGUUGUUGAUAAAAUAAAUGAUGAAAAGAAUUUAAGUAAAUCAUAUAAAAUCAGUCUAUCCACAAAUACAGACAGGAUGUUUUCCUUUAUAGAAUGGUGUGAAUAUAUAAAGUUGCGGAAAAUGAUUGUUGGCAAGCACAACUUGCGAAUGGCAAGGUUACUCAAAUCAGAUGUAAAUGAUUUUGUAUUCUUAGAACACUUAGAUAAAAUUAAAUUUAAAUCGUCUUCAUUAUCAAGCGACAUAAUAAAAGAUAUGUUAAAUAAAAUUCCUUUAAAAACCGAAAUGGCUGUUAUUCCGAAGGAUGAAUUUGAUGUGAGUUUUACUCCUAUGGCAUCAUAUACUGAUGUUAUCAUUGAGUACAUUCAAGAUCCAGAUUUGAAAUUAAUGCUAAGUGAAGACUUUACACAGUAUUCGCUUGAAUACGCAAUAAAGAAAUUGCGGCUUAUAGAAAAUGAGGAUUCUAAAAAUAUUAUCAGAGGCGUUACUAAAAACAAUAAACUUAUAAAUAAAAAUAUAAGUGGGAACUUCAGCGCUCCUACUGGUGAUGAUGCUAAGAUGGUAUAUAUUAGAUUUUGUGAAAGAAAAGACGACGCUUCAAAUUUACUGCGUCAACUAAAUGGAAAAGGAUGCGAGAAUGAAAAUUUAAAAAUAGAUAGUAAUGAUAGUUACAGCACAAUGCCUGAGGAAGACAAUAAUGGAUUUCAAACAGUAAAUAACAGUAAGAAUUAUGAUACUGACAAUACUAAGGUUAUAAAUGAAAAUAACGAUAAAUCAAAAAUAGAAGAUGAAAAAUCUUUAAUAUUAGAAAAUGAUUGUAGGACUAUCACGUUUGUAGACUAUCCAAAUGCCUGUAUCUAUGACGAUGACAAUAAGGAUGAUGUUAAACAAGCGAUAGCGAUGAUGAGUGAAUCUUUUGGCAACUUAAAUGACGAGGGUAAUUUUUUUGAUUACAUUACUAAUAAUUGUUUACAAUCUCCUCAGAGCAAUAGCCCUGCGGCUCCAAAUCCAUCCGAAAGUGUAGAUCGUAAAACUAUGAUAAAUGAAUUAAUACGACGCGCGUGCUCCACUUACAAAAUAGCUUUGCCCCGUCCAAGGAAACCUAAAACAAUGCCUAACAAGGACAAAAAUACACCGGUGAAAAGUAGAACGAAGAAAGGAAAGUAUGUACCUGCCGAUUACAGAAGUGGCAUACAUAUGAGAAAAUGUGAAUCAUUUAUCUUUAUGAUGCUUCAGAGCUAUUACAACAACAUACAAGUACAAAAUAAUGAUAAUAAAGAUGGCAAUCAAGAACAGAAUUGUAUUAACGAAAGCGUACAAGAGAAUGUGGAAGAAGCAUCUAAUCAUGCUGAAUGCACUUCUAAUGCAGAAAAUGGAUCUGACCCUAUUGAUUCUACUGCAGAUUGUGUGGUACAGGAAGACGACGAUGAUAAUGAAAUGGAACAGUUGCUAGAUGCGGACGAAGAAGAAAGUGAGGAAGAAUUUAUUCUACCUGAAACGGCGCAGUUGAAUGAUGAAGACAUUUCAAAAUUAGACGAAGCAGCUGAUAAAAUACUAGAGAAAGAAACAGCUAGAUGUGGCCGUCCGCCAAAAAAGAAAUUAAAAUUGAACGAAAGUACAAGUAAGAAAACAAAAGAUACAAAGAUAGAAAAUGAAAAACUAUUGCAUCCAUCUGCAUGGGGUGUGAAAAAAUUCAGUUAUUGGAUACGACAUUACUCCGCUCAGACACAAAUGCAGAAAUCCAAAGACUUGCAUGAUACAUUUAAUAUUGAAUUAUACAACAAUUUACCAAAAUCUUUCACAUUUAUACUCCAUGAAUGUGGUUCCAUUAUCGAUUCCACGCCAUUUCGAUUGUACAAACAUAUUGAAUGCCUUGAAAGACAUAUUAUGCAUAAAAAUAGAAACAAGAAAACAAUUAUAAGAAGGAAAAGAAGAUCAAAAAAGUCUGUUAAGAAGUAAUUUCGUUUAUGUAAAAUUGUAAAUAUGUAUAUACUUGUAGAUUUUAAAUAAAAAGGAUAGGUACCUUUUUCGCUUUGAGGGCGUGGCCUGCUUUAAUGUUGCGAUGGAAUGAUAGUGAACGCCAACCUUAACUUACCAGAU